CAAGCUCAAGCCACACGCCACCAUGUGCACUCUCAAGCUCACAGCAGACCCCGUUUUCCGAGUCACAAAUAAAUAGCUGCCAAGAUUGCUCUCUUCUUCUUCUUCUUCUUCUUCUUCUUCACCUAGCUUAGCUGCUUUCUCAUUCUAUAAAUACCUAAAUAUAUAUAGUUUUUCUGGAAGCUAUAUAUUUAUUUUAAUAUGGGUUGGAUGGAGAGCGUUUUGAUAGAGGUGAGGCCCCUGUUUCACUUGCUGUUCCCACUGUGUGUCCACUGGAUCGCUGAGGAAAUGACCGUCUCGGUCCUUGUUGAUGUCACUGCUGCUGCUCUUUGCCCGUCGCAGUCAACUUGUUCACAAGCCAUUUAUAUUAAUGGCGUUCAACAAACGGUUGUUGGACUUUUCAAGAUGGUGGUGCUUCCACUUCUAGGUCAACUGGCAGAUGAGCGUGGACGUAAGCCGCUGCUGCUUUUGACAGUGUCAACAACCAUAUUUCCUUUCGUAUUACUUGCCUGGAAUCAAUCUAAGGAAUUUGUGUAUGCUUACUAUGUGAUUCGAACUGUUUCAUAUAUUCUAAGUCAGGGGAGUAUUUUCUGCAUUGCUGUUGCUUAUGUGGCAGAUGUUGUCAUUGAGAAUAAGAGGGCUGCAGUGUUUAGUUGGAUCACAGGUCUUUUUUCUGCAUCACAUGUCUUGGGGAAUGUUCUGGCACGCUUUCUUCCCGAGAAGUACAUUUUCUCUGUAUCAAUAGCCCUGUUGAUCUUUUGUCCAGUUUAUAUGCAAAUGUUUUUGACUGAGACAAUUAAUAAACGGGCACCUAAAAGUGACCAAGGUUUAUCUUGCCUGACCAAGAUAGUUACUAUUAUCUGUAAACGAUAUGCAUCAAUGAGAGAUGCUGCAACAAUAGUUGUUAGAAGUCCAACACUCAGAAGCAUUUCUUUGGUUUCCUUCUUCUAUGACUUGGGAAUGUCCGGCAUCAGCUCUGUGUUACUGUACUAUCUGAAAGCAGCUUUUGGUUUUGACAAGAAUCAAUUCUCAGAGAUCCUGAUGAUGGUGGGAAUAGGUUCAAUUUUCUCUCAGAUACUGGUGCUUCCUUUAGUGAACCCAUUGGUUGGUGAGAAGGUGAUAUUGAGCUCAGCCCUGUUGGCCUCUAUAGCUUAUGUAAGUCAUUAUCUUUAGCUUGUCCCCCAACCCAAACCCAACAGGGGAAGAUGAUAGAGAACAAAACAGAAA